AUGCGAUUCAAGCUAGGUAAACGAGUGGUCCGGUUCACACGAUGUCUCUUCCGCAGAUUCUGGACCCGACCCGUAUACGUCCGUCUCGGUUCCUCACCGGAGAAGAGUAACAAUAUGAAGAAGCUUCUAACAUGGGGCAAAAAGUUAACCACAAAAGCAAAGUCUCUAUGCUCCAAGAAAAACUCCAGUUAUUUACCGGUUGGGUCAGACCCGGUUCAGGGAAACGGUUCAAGUUCAACGGUUCCGAAGGGCUAUUUAGCGGUUUAUGUGGGUCAGAAAGACGGGGAUUUUCGUCGGGUUUUGGUGCCGGUGGUUUAUUUUAACCAUCCUUUGUUCAGUGAGUUGUUGAAAGAAGCUGAAAAGGAGUAUGGGUUUUAUCAUCAAGGUGGGAUUACGAUUCCUUGUAGGGUGAAUGAGUUUGAACGGGUGAAGACCCGGAUAGAAUCCGGGUCGGGUGUACGGAGAUUGACGCGGCGGAGGGUUUGGUGA